AUGACAUUUUCUGAAGCUGUAUGUGACGAUCUGAUCAACCCCGCUGCUUGCAACAUCGACUACAGGGCAUCUCACAUCGUCAACAGUGACGGCAGGACACAGUACAAGAGUGGGGGCAGCUGUACCUCCCCUGGGACCUGUGACAACUGUAAUGAAGGCUUUUACCCCACCAAUGAACGCUGCAGAAUGUGCAGCGCCAUCAGUAACUGUGAUCUGGAGACAUGCACCAGCAGCAGCAACCAGGUGUGUAGUCGCUGUGAGGGGGUCUUGCUGGACCAGGCAGGACACAGGGCAUAUGUGGCUUCUUCUGAUAGGAGAUCAUGCAUACAGGCGUGUUCGUGGCGGAGUGACAGCACCCGGUGUUAUCCCGGAACCUGCAGGAACGAGUACGCCAGUAACUGUGUCUGCUCCAGCGGCUUCACAGGGAAUCAUUGUCAGACAAUAACAACGAAGCCCACAAUACACCUCAACCUCCUUAGACUGACCGCCAGCAACGGUGACACGGCAGAGGCACCUCCCAACAUCAACAGUGGUCCAUCUCAGUCCACCAGCUGGUCAAACAUCAACUCUCCAUCCAGAAUGUACUAUAAGUUUACGGCUGAGUACAAAAUGGUACCUCCAUCCAGACAUGCCUUCAUUGAAGACUUCCGUGUGGGAAUUGUCAGUGGUUCUGCUACAUUCAAACUAAAGAGAGGUGCAGGUGUUGUCUCCACUAAGGUCUAUAACUGUGGAGGAGCCAGCCGAAGCAGCCCGGACACAGACCUGUACACCUGUGAAGGAAACCCACCAGGGACGUCUGUACUAUCUCUGCCCUUCCAACACAGAGAUGUUAUGGAAUUCACUUAUUCAACAAGUAAUGGAGGGUAUGUGAAGGUCCGGAACAAGGAGAGUAACACACUAGCGACCUACUACUACAACGGUGCCACACAGACCCACACCUUUAAUGUGUCCAUAGACCUGGUGGAUCCCUAUCACUGUACUGGUACUGCUGCCUGUGAUGGCAGCAUGCUGACUGUUCCCGAUGUUAUCAAGACUCCCACAGUGAACUUCCGCUGGAGUGGCUGGUCAGAUACUGAUGCAGGAGUCGACUACUUUGUCAAGGACGUGUAUGAACUCCACGCUGUUGGGGAUGUACUCAGGGAUAAACGUCGUGUUAAGACUACAACGUUGACAAGCUCAACGACGUCCAACAGCUACACACUGACUACGGCGGGCGUGUAUUCUGUCGUCCUAACUGCCUAUGACAAGGGAGGUAAUCACAGAAGUACAAGAAGAAUCCUGAUAUAUGAUGGUACUUCGACUGUAACAACACGAGCAAAUACAUCUCUCCGUGUGACAACAGCAUCAUCAGCAACAUCAGAGUGGCAAUCUACGUCAUCAUCAGUGACAGUAGACUGGACCAACAGAUACAUCAACACAGUCCACCACAACAACAAGUGGCUCCAUGGCGUGGCUUCUGUUGGUGACAUCAGCUCGGACUAUGACGAUAAGGAGGGUGACAGAAGUGUGGGUGCCAUCAACAAUGUUCAAGGUGUAACACAAUUCUUGUCGUCAUACAAAGUCGACCACCAAGGAGGGUCGUCCAUCACCAGUCCACCAGCUGAUAACCUGUUCACCAGUCAAGGUCUGAGUCAGUCACAGACCAUAACACCCUCACUAGUGGACGGGGACACUGUACGCUUCUGGAUACGAGCCUAUGACAUCAGACGGGAAUUCCUUGAAGAACAUGUGACAGUCCACAUCGACACAUCACCCCCAGUCAUAGAGAACCUUUGGCUAACCAGGGGAGACCGACUCAACAUCAGUGUACAUGGAGCAGAGGAGUUUUCCGAAAUGACAAUGGAGUGGAUUGCAUACGAUGAGCACAGUGGCUUGGAGACGGUGUCAUGGCGUAUUGUAGAUAAAUACCGGGGUUUAGACAUCGUGCAUGGAGUUCAGCACAUCACGGCUCAAGGGAACACAAGUAGUAUUGCUGACUGCAAGAGCGCCUACACUGAUGCCCCAAGGGGAGCUAACUGUUACUGCACGCCAGCCAAAGUUUGCUACCAUCGUCACUUCCAAGUAAAGCCCAUCGUAGUAGACAGUAGUCUCCCACAUGGUGGAAUAUUCAGCAACAAAGCAGGGGAUCACGACUCUGACUACUAUUAUCUAGAGGUCAAUGUCACGAAAACCUAUUCCACAUCCGCCUCCUGGACAGCGCCCUCUGUCGGCAAGUAUCACGUGACAGUGGUGGCCUUCAACCGAGCACUGGGAGCAUCUGACCCAGUGUGUUCUGACGGAGUGACUGUAGACACAACACCACCCAGUGUCAGUGAGGUGGCAGUGAGAGACUCUAGGGUGAUGGAGGGGCUGGUCAAGUCAUCAGAUAAUGUUGUGUGGUUCAUCGACGCCCACAGGAGACGUACCCUGGUGGUCAAUCCAGAUGGCAGUUGCAGUUCCAAGGCCACGCCAGUAGAUGACCAGAGAAUGUCCCUGUUUCCAAUACAUCGAUACAACAAUGGAAGUGGGAUGCAACUUGGGAUCAAUCCUGAGUGUAAAUCUUUACUAGCAUUGCCUGUCAGCUUCACCAACUUACUCUAUGUCUACAGGGAACACCACCUCUUCGUAAACUGGACUGGCAGUGACUCUGAGAGUGGUAUCUAUGACUACGAGCUGGGGCUGAUGUCAGAUCCUUCUGGUGAAGCAGCUCCAGAUGUCCUGCCCUACACGUCCACUCAUCAUCAUCCUCAGUAUCAGGGCUACCAUCCUCGUCUCAGUGAGGGGCAACAGUUCUACAUCGCCAUCAAGGCCAUCAACAAAGCUGGCAUCUCAACUGUCAGAGUUGUUGGACCUGUCACCGUGUAUACACGAUACCCUGCAUUUACUGGAUCAGUGACAGUGACGCUGAGACACAACUAUUUGAUUGCACGUUGGCCAGAGACAGCAUUCACAGACACUGGGUAUCUAAAAUAUGAAGCUGCAGUAGGAACUAAGGACGGCAAGUCGACAAUAAUCCCCUUCACGACGUUGCAGUCAGGAGGAGGUUGUACACUGACGUCGCCACCCACGUGUACAGCUGUUGCCCUCACAGACCUCCACUGGGACCUCCAUCACAGCCACACCUACUUUGUGUCAGUCAGAGUCACAAACAUAGUUGGACUGUCUACAGUGGCAGUGUCUGAACCCUACGUCCAUACCGUCAUGCCGCCUUUACGUGGUGUAGUAGAAGACGUUAUUCCAGCUGGAGAAGAAUCCUUGUUCACAAUACCGCGUACUGAUGACACAGACUACCAAAUAUCAACACGAACAUUAACAGCGAGAUGGUAUGGAUUUGACAAUGGAAUAACUGCCAUUACGUACACGGUUGGAAUUGGGUCUCAGCCAUUUACAACAGAUUUUCAGGCGCAUGUCUAUGUUGGAAGUGCAACCUUACAUUCUUUCACUGGUUUGAGCCUGCAUUGGAAAACGAAGUAUUUUGUGACUGUCAUGGCUGCUACCGAUGGCGGUGGAGACGUGACGGUGUCCUCUGACGGUGUGACGAUCAUCAGGCCCAAUGUUGACAUCACAGAUGUCAUUGUCAGAGAUGGCCUAGGAUGCAGUGAUUAUGUGAAUGGUGGUCUCCGAAGUGCAGUAAACCAGACGAGAUGUUCACGAGAUAACACAUACCAAGUAUCUACUUCAUCAUAUGCGGCCCACUGGGAUACACGCAACUGGCUGCUCAGUUAUCCUGAUGUACAAUGGAGUUUGCAAAAGAAAGUUCCUCGAACUGUGAUGGCGUGACUGUCAUAGCACAUCCUCCAACACCAGGCAAUAUAUCGCUGACGUAUCGGGAAUCUGACA